AUGGAGUGUAUACAGUGGAGGCUGAUGUGUGUAGCACAAAAACAGAAUGGAGGUGUCGCGCACUCUCCGGGUCAUUCCUUCGUCGUCAAGCCUCAGGUUCUUGCAAGACGUACUUGUACAAAGGGAAUUAAUGAGGCUUUAGUUAGAUGGUAUCCCCCGGGAGUUUUACCUGACGAGUGGGUAGCAGUGGAUAAACUUGAGGCAGCAAGAACUGUACCCCUAGAACAGAUGUCCCCUGAAGCCAAACAGGUUGUCUCUCGUUUAUGUUACCCAAGUUUAGCACCGCCUAUAAAACACAGGCGCAAGCGCCCUGCGUGUCCAAAAUCUUUACCUUUAGAGCUGUCAAAAGCUGUCUGAGCUUAGGGAUGUUUUUUUUUUAUUAUAACUUUUUCUUUUCUUUUUUUUUUCUUUUUUUUUUUUUUUUUUUAGACAAAAAUAGGUCAUGAUCUCAUUCCAAUACGGAGUAACACAUUUUGUGUGUGUGUGUGUGGUGUGAGCAUUCCCCCUGGUGUUGUGUUAGAGGGAAGCUGUAGUGCCCUUUGUUGGAGCUCAGAACAUUGAAAUUUAUUAUGGAUUAUGCCAAUCCAAGUGAAUGGACCAAAUAUUGGACCAAAAAAAAAAAAAAAAAAAGAUUAAAAAAAAAAGAUAAUGUGCUAACUAGAAAAGGAGCAUGUAUCUGUGUGUACAGUUGAUGGUGUAUAUUUGUAAAUAGUGUGAGAGUUGAACAACAGCAUAGUUUGUCCACUGCCAGGAGCUCUUAUACUAUUACUGUGUCUGUAAGGGUCAUAAGACCAGUGUUAGGGUAUUAUGUAUCAGCCUUGUGAGCCAACAUUGCUGCUCCCACAAGAUUUAUGGCAUCUUUCCACACCACUGAAGUGAUUUUUUAUAUAUCCUACUUUUAUUUAUUAUUAUAACUUUUCAAUAUGUGAAUAUUCGAGUUUACUCUACUGAGCAUUUCCAGCUGCUGAGUCACUGCAUUACCAUGUUUUUAUGUGAUAUUGAUCCUUGUAUGGGAUUAUGUUCUUAUCAGUUUAAAAAAAGGACAGCUGCCAUUUAUCACUGUAGUGGAUUUGCAGUGAAGAUAAGAGGCCACCUGAGAUAACAUCACUGCCAGACAUCAGGAACAUCUAAGCCAGACCAGGCCACUGAAAGCAAAACGGGUGCCCAUUAUGUCUUUGUCUGAUUGUCAGAUACCCCUUAUUACUCUACGGCAAACUUGAACAUGCGUAUUACUUUGCUGUCAGAGUUUAGGAAUCUUGUCUGUUUUUUUUUUCUUUUAUUAUAAUUAUUAUUAUUAUUAUUAUUAUUUUUAAUAUAUUUUAAUUUAAGAUAAAUGUCGAUGUAUGAUUUUUUUUUUAAGUCCUUCAAAGUUUGGACAAAAGUGGGGGUCUGGCUGCAGAUGGUUCCGCGUAUGCCAACACUGCCCAGUAAGAUAAGAUUAAUUAUUAUUUUAUUGUAUUUUAUAUUAUUAUCUUAAUGUUUUAUUCUUCUGCUGAUGUUUCCUGUAUGCUGUCUUCAUAGGGUUGUUUUCUUAUGGAAUACCUGAAAGAAGGAUAUUACCUGUCUCUGGUAAUUACAGCUAAAGUUUUUAUGAUCUUUUUUGUAUUGCAUCUUUUUAAAACCUAACAUGUAAUGUGUUAAUAUUAUGUAUUUUCAUUGUUUUAUUUGUUAAUCACUUUCUGUUAUCUUUAGAAUUUCUUUUAUAGUUUCUGUGCUUGAUCAUUCUGUCAUUUACUUCGCAGAAGGUAAUUUGAUAUUUCUAUGAACAUUUUUAGCCUCCCAUAUUGUCGUAGCCCAACAUUGGUGCCAUAUUUUAAAAAGUUUGCCCACCCAUACCCACAUUACAUACCCCGCCUCACCAACAGAUACACAGCAGUUAUGCUCAAUGUGAUCUCUUGUAGGAUGCAGGGACUGUGAACCCUGACCCCAACAUUGAGUUUGGUGGAAGAAAAUUGCAGGCCUGAGUUGGGAAUAAUUUUUAUGGGAAUCGUUUUUUUUUUUUUAAUUAGAUUUGAUUGUUGCUGCUAUUUGAUUUUCAUGAAUGUUUCAUUUAUAAGAUUAUUGAUUUUUGAGACCAUGCUAUAAUGAUUUUGAAAAUAUUGCUUUGCUUAUAGUAAUUGAUUUUAAAAUCUAAAACUAUGACUACCAUCUUUGGCCUAAAUUAUCUUCUACUGGACCAUUAGAAACCUGGUUAGCUCAGCAUAAUGCUGAGCUGCUCCGUUGUACUAGUCACUGUGGGGUGUGUAGGAUUGCUACCUUGUUAUAUGAUAGGCAAUUUUUAUUUCAUUUUAUUUAUUUAUUUUUUUAUUUAAUUUUUUUUCUCCCUCCUUUUUGGGAAGAGCUCUAUCUGAUAGCCAGAAAAAGGUAAGGAUCUCAACUGUUGUUUAGGGGGAAAGAAAAAUGCAGCAUGUUGGUGUUAAUGCGACAAACAGUCGUGGUAGUUAUGGAUCUGCUGUCUCAGGUUCCUUAUGUGAUAUGUAUUACCUCAGCUGUUCUAAAUAGUUUUUUGGACAAAACUUGGGCAUUUUUUACCUACUGAAUCAAACAAGCCACUUGAAUGCUAGUUCCAAUGAAUAUUAGAAUAGAUGAGCUCUUCCUAAGAAUCAAAAUUUUACUUCCUAUUAAACUGUGGUUGUUAUUGGUGCCUGUUUAAGUUUUAAAGUUAAUGACCUGCAAACCCUACACACCAUCCCCUCUG